CUGUUGGAGCCAAAUUUCCUUAUUUGUUUAUAUUGUUUUUAUUUUGUUUUCUCUAAUUGAUUGCUGGCCUCUGUUCAUGCUGAAUUUCCUUUUCGGCAGAUUGCUCCGCCCACUUCCUCUUGAGAACCAGGAAGUGUUGACAGGGAUGGGACCGUUGCUAUGGUGCGGUUGCCAUGGUAACCACAUUUAAUUGGGUUCAGGUGGGAGCACUGGGGGGUAGAUUGCAUGGAGAACACAAACAGUUUUCGACCGUGCCGUGCGUGGUCAGGUCUCGCUGCUGUGACAAUUCAAGUACUGGACAUUGAAUCUUUUGCACGCGUCAAACUAAGUCAACACAGUCGCCCUCAGUAUCAGCCUAAAGACUCCACCAAGAAGAAGCAAAAGAAGAGGGUGAGGACGGCCGAAGCGAAGAAAAGGAAAAGAGACUUGGACCGAGUGAGAGACCGGACGAGAGUCAACAUUGGACACGCAUUUACAGGCUGGAGACAACUGCGAGAAGAUGUUGGAUGCAAGACAGACGAGGAGCUGGCCUUCGUGCUUCUGGACUCGUAUCAGAAGGUGACUCAAAGAACAUCCGAGGAAUGUCCAUUGCAGACCACAAACCAGGAAUUAAAAGACUAUGUUUGUGAACUCCAGAUGUCUAUUAUGCAGAGGACCACUGCAUCUGCCGCUAUCGAGCCGUUAUCAAUGUUUGCAGACUCGAGGUUACUUGGGCCUCUUUCAGAGGAAACCAUAAAGUCAGAACUGGUUGAUGAGCGCAGCAUUGACAAGCAUCUUCCGGAAACGUCCAAGGAGCCGGAAGAAAACCACAACCAUUGUCCAAUCCGAGAGUCAAAGUGGACAUUAGCUGAGGAGGAGAAGAGUCUCCAUAUAGAAUCAGUUUGUGAGUGUGAGGAAGAGAUCAGCAUGCUUUCUCCUAUAAAAGAUGAACUGGAAGAAGAUGGUGGCAAUUGUCACGGGGAGCCUUACGCUUGUCCACACUGUGGCAUUAAGUUGGAAAACGAGGACCUUUUGAAAACCCACCAGUGCUCUGAGGAUGAAUCGUCCGACUCUGAGUCUGACUCUGACUCUGACAUGUCACCUUUUGAUGACAUCACAGAGGAGCAAGGCAGCGAUUCAGACUACAUGCCAGGCACUUGUGUUUGGGAUCAGAAGGAGACAAAAAUAUCAUCAGAGAAUUAUCCUUUGCAGACCAGGAAGGCAGAGAAUACCUCUUAUGACACUGAGCCUGACUAUGAUGAGCACCUUCAGGAUACGUCGAUGGAGGAUCCCAAACCAAACCAGCUGCGGCCCAGGGCCAAGAAGGUCGUCGACUGUCCAACCUGUGGCAGAGUGUUCCCUCAUAACACUGCCCUCAAACGCCAUCUUGUCAUCCACACGGGGAGCAGGCCUUUCAAGUGCUUCAUAUGUGGAAGAGGCUUCACGCAGAGUGGGAACCUCAAAACACACAUGAAGGUUCACAAAGGAGAGUCAAACUGGACGUUAGCGGAGGAGAAGAGUCCCACUACAGAAUCGCCCUCAGUCACAAAUCAUGUGUGUGGAGAGUGUGGAAUGAACUUCCCCCUAAAAGAUCAACUUGAAGAGCACCGCAGCAGUCACAAAAAGCCUCACGCUUGUCCAAUCUGCGGCAAGCCGUUCAAAAACAUAGAGUCGUUAAAAAUCCACAGCCGUAUUCACACCACGAACUCGCCGUUCGCCUGCUCCGAGUGCGGAAAAACUUUCAUCUCGUCGUGCAGCCUCAAACGACACGAGUUGGCCCACCGCGGGGAAAAGAACUACCACUGCGAGCAGUGCGGCAAGGCCUUCCUGUAUGCCUCCUACCUCGCAGUGCACCUCAAAACUCACAGCGGAGAACGCCCUCACCUGUGUGCAAUCUGCGGGAAAAGUUACACACGAGCCGAGACACUUAAAGUGCACCUGAGGGUUCACACCGGAGAGAAACCCUACACCUGCGAAAUAUGUGGGAAAUCUUUUUAUUACUUUCAAGGCUACAGAUCGCAUAGAAUGAUUCACGACAAGAAGCCAAAACCUCCAACAAAGCCAUUGGGGAGACCUAAACAACAAACUGUGGUAUAAUUCGCCAUGUCAUCCUGCAAAUGUUAUUUCUUGGAAGAAAAACACUCUGUGUUCAUCUGUGCUACUAAUGUACUAUCUGAACGCUGAGCUGAAUAUGAAGUACCGAUUCACUUGCUGCUAUUCUGUUUAUAAGAAUUGAUUGAAAAUACAUUUCUUGUCCUUUUUCACCUUGUUGAACACGUUUCAGUGUUGUAAUUUAUAUCAACUUGAUUUAGACAUUAGGACGGCGUGGCGAAGUUGGUAGAGUGGCCGUGUCAGCAAUCGGAGUGUUGCUGGUUACUGGGGUUCAAUCCCCACCUUCUACCAUCCUAGUCACGUCCGUUGUGUCCUUGGGCAAGACACUUCACCCCUUGCUCCUGAUGGCUGCUGGUUAGCGCCUUGCAUGGCAGCUCCCGCCAUCAGUGUGUGAAUGUGUGUGUGAAUGGGUGAAUGUGGUAAUACUGUCAAAGCGCUUUGAGUACCUUGAAGGUAGAAAAGCGCUAUACAAGUAUAACCCAUUUAUCAUUUAUUUAUUUAUUUAGAGGAAUGCUUCAAAAUAAUGCCAGAAUGUGUCUUGUUCGAUUGUUGACUGGUUUUCAGAGUAAUUAAAAGUUGUCAGAACCUUCUUCAAACUCGAAGACAUUGCGCCAGUGACCAUGUUUGAAUCAAUCUAAGUCUGAUUGUUUUUCCAGACUGAUUUGUUUCACAUACUCGAGCCACAGGCUCUGUAAGUCUUUAACACUGUUUGGUGUUAUUUGGGUUCACACAGGGUAAUAGCUGUAAGUACUAUUUCAAUAUUGUACAUAGUACACUUGCAUAGGUGUCAAACUCGUUUUUAUUGAGGGCCAUCUCACAAUUAUGGCUGCGCUUGUAACCGUAAAUAAUGUCAAUGUAAAGAUUUGCUUCAUGAUAUUGUUAUACAAUUGCCUAUGUGUUUGGUUAUGAAGUGAAUGGGAAUUAUAUUUAUAUAGCGCUUUUCUCUAGUGGCUCAAAGCGCUUUCACAUAGUGAAACACAAUAUCUAAGUUACAUUUAAACCAGUGUGGGUGGCACUGGGAGCAGGUGGGUAAAGUGUCUUGCCCAAGGACACAACGGCAGUGACUAGGAUAGCGGAAGCGGGGUUCGAACCUGGAACCCUCAAAUUGCUGGCACGGCCACUCCUAUAUCACCCCACCAUCGUUAUGCUUUUUACCUACACUGUAAACUUUUUAUUUUAUUUUAGAAUAACAUUUUGGGGUUAGUGCAUCUGCCUCACAAUACGAAGGUCCUGAGUAGUCUUGGGUUCAAUCCCGGGCUCGGCAUUUUUCUGUGUGGAGUUUGCAUGUUCUCCCCGUGACUGCGUGGGUUCCCUCCAGGUACUCCGGCUUCCUCCCACUUCCAAAGACAUGCACCUGGGGAUAAGUUGAUUGGCAACACUAAAUUGGCCCUAGUGUGUGAAUGUUGUCUGUCUAUCUGUGUUGUCCCUGCGAUGAGGUGGCGACUUGUCCAGGAUGUACCCCGCCUUCCACCCGAUUGUAGCUGAGAUAGGCUCCAGCGCCCCCCAUGACCCCAAAAGGAAUAAGCGGUAGAAAAUGGAUGGAUGGAUGGAUUUUGGCAACUGAGCUGCCUUUUUGAUUUAACCCUAAAAUAUACGGUUGUUGUUUUUGGAGUGUAUUUCUGUUUAGUUUUUUUUUACGGUAAUAUUCUGAUGACUCAGCUGACAGUUGUUACCGUUAAAUCUGUUGUCUUUGUCACUGUACAAUUUCAUGGAUAACUAUAUAAAUCAUAAGUCAAACAGAUAUUUAAGUAUUUUAACAUUUUAAAAUGUAUGAUAGUAUAUUUGUAUUAAUAUUUUAAGUUUACAUGGUAUGCAACUGCAGGCAGUGCAUGUAUUUUUUGUGUCAAAAUAGACAUAAACAAAGUAUUUAUUGACGCAUGUUAUUUCCAGGCUUUGGCGGGUCAUUUAAAAUGAUGUGUUGGGUUAGAUUGGCCCCCGGGCCUUGAGUUUGACAUCUGUGGUGCACAGUAUUGACAGUCAAUAAUUAAACAUUUUGGGGCUGAUUGUAUAAGCAUGAACUAUUUGUGAAUCUUUAAAAGCAGUGCUUCUCAAAAAGUGUGGUGGGGCCCCAGGGAACAUGCUUUAUCAGUAUGCAGUACGGAAACGCUGUGCACUGCAAAGUGUGCCCAUUGUAGCCAUUAAUACCGACUCCCACAUUUGUAUUGAUUAAAAAAAAU